AUGUACUGUAACGCUGGACAGUUUGAACAUUUCUUUGGGAGAUCUGAGGAAAGAAACAACAGGUUGGCACUAAAGCUGCCCACUGAUGAGAAGGAGGCAGUACUGAGCCUCUUAACAGAGCUGGGAUGUGUUCUCAGCCCACUGAUAUUCACCAGCCUGACUCACGACCGCUAUGCUAAGCAGAAGUCCAACCAUAUCAUCAAGUUUGCUGAUGACUCCGCAGUUGUGGGGCUAAUCACAAAGGAGGAUGAAAGGGUGAACAAAGAGAACGUGGCACCUCUGAUCAGUUGGUGCCAGGGAAACAACCUUAACCUGAAUACUUCAAGUGAAAGCAGUAGCAGCCUGUGUCCAGAAUGCGCGAACAUGUUUGUUGAUGUCGUUGUAUUUGAUAAAAGAUGUGAAACUUUUAGCAAUGGAAAAGGAUCUUUUCAGCAUAGCAAUCCAAGAAGCAGAGUCAUUUAUGUUACAGUGAAGAUUUUACAGUCAAGAAAGUUUAACUUUGAAGGGUCAGUAACAGAAACAAAUAGUUGCACUAUAGAAAUAAAUUUGGAGGAUGUCAGCACCAGAAUGGCUGUUGAAGAUGAUGAUGAUGAUGAUGCGUUAGAAUUGUGUCCACCUUCAUUAUCUUCUUUUAACCAGCUAGGUAACAGUGGUGUGACCUGUGAGACAGUCUUUCUGAUGCCAGCUAGGACUGCUUCUUCAUAUUUGCAAGGCACGGAGGCAAUCAGCUGGAGAAGGCGAGAAGGCAGUAGUGCUGAGACCCAGAGGUGGUCCACACCGCCAUCACAGGCUGAUAAUGUGGCUACAUCUGUGAGCAAGGUGGUUGGUAGCAGUGCCCUGGAGUCCACAGCACUGCAGCUGCUUUGGAUCUCAGCUAAUGUUGCAUUGUUCUGGAGAACUUAUGUGAAGUACUGUCAAAAUUCAGAGUACUAUUAUGUACAUCAAAUGCUUGGAGUAACAUUGUGUGUUAGCAGAGCUUCAGCAUGCACCCUCAAGCUGAGUUGCAGCCUUGUUCUUCUGCCAGUAUGUCGAACCAUCUUGUCUCUUCUUCGAGGAUCACAGAAGGUUGUAGGCAGAAAAGCAAGACGAUUCCUUGAUAAAAGUAAAACCUUUCAUGUGACAUGUGGCUUGACAAUUAUAUGCUUUUCAGUGGUUCAUGUUGCUGGUCAUAUAGUGAAUGCACUGAACUUCUCUGAAAACUACAGUGAAGACUUCCCUGUACUCAAUGCUGCAAGAUAUCGUGGUGAGGACCCCAGAAUGUACUUUUUCACUACUGUUCCAGGAAUAACUGGUGUCCUUAUGGUAUUGAUACUUUUCUUAAUAUAUUCAUCUUCGACACAGUCCAUGAGAAGAUCGAAUUACGAUGUCUUCUGGUAUGUGCACAGUCUUUACAUAGUCUUUGAAGUCCUUCUCUUGUUUCACGCUGCAGGGGGUUUGCUGAAGUAUCAGACCAACACUGGUGAACACCCCCCUGGUUGUAUAAGGUCCAAUGGUACAUUCCCCAGGCUGCACCAGAAUGCUACACAACCAGAUUUUAGUUCACAAUCUUUUCUUGAAAAUUCUGCAAAGCCAGUUCCAGCCAUACACAUUGAACCAGGACCUGCUGAGCAAAACAAAACUGUCAGAGUUUGCACUGAGGAACCUAAGUUUAUGUCUCAUUUCCCAGAGAUUUGGCUAUGGGUUUCUGGCCCUUUAUGCUUGUAUUGUGCAGAAAGACUGUACAGAUGUAUUCAGAGAAAUAAGGCCGUCACCGUUAUGGCAGUUGCUAUACAUCCAUGUAAUGUCAUUGAAAUAAAAAUGACGAAAGUGAAUUUCAAAGCAAGGCCUGGUCAGUAUAUUUCCAUCUAUUGUCCAAGAAUCUCAACAUUUGAAAGCCAUCCAUUUACUCUUACUAUGUGCCCAACCAGUAAUAAAGCAACCUUUGGAAUCCAUCUGAAGGUGAUAGGAGACUGGACAGAAAGGCUUCAUGAUUUGCUGAUUCCAGAUUACAUUCAUAAUGGUGAAAUAUUGCCCAUCUUCCAGCAAAGAAAUUUUCCCAAGUUAUACAUUGAUGGACCUUUUGGGAGCCCUUCAGAAGACAUCUUCAGUUAUAAGGUUAGCCUCUGCGUAGCUGGUGGAAUUGGAGUAACUCCAUUUGCUUCAGUGUUCAACACAUUGCUGGAUGACUGGAAAAGCUACAAGCUGAGAAGGCUCUAUUUCAUUUGGGUUUGCCGGGACAUCCUGUCCUUCCACUGGUUUGCAGAUCUACUCUGUAAUUUACACAGCAAGCUCUGGGAAGAAAAUUGUCCAGACUACUUAAACAUCCACCUCUACCUUAGUCAAGCUAGUGACAUACAGAGUAUAACUGGUGACAGAUACCAAAUACUGAAUUCAAGGCUUACAAUAGGACGGCCUCAGUGGAACAUUUUAUUUGAAGAUAUUGCCAAAUAUAAUAAAAAAGAAACCAUUGGAGUUUUUUGCUGUGGGCCAAAAGGAAUAUCCAAGGUUCUUCACAAGCUCAGUAACAGUGCUAAUUUGUACCAGACAAAAUUUGAAUACAACAAAGAGUCCUUUAGUUAAAUUUCAGUGAAAGAUCAUUGAUACAGAAAGGGAAGGAAAAUGUAUGCACAAGAAAUCAGUGUACUCAGGAAAACCAGUGCAAUUGUUUUAUGAACUUAAAGUAUCAGCCUACAACAGAUUAAUGUAAUAUGUCAGGUAUGAAGAUAGUCGUAUGGAAACAGUUGUGUUGUAAAAUGUCAGCCUACUACAUGCUGGUACAGUCCAGCACAUUUCUACAAGGUCAUACGGGAAGAGUCGAGUUAUAAAAAGUCAGUCUCAUAAAGGCUGAUGAAAUGUGUUUGAAAAGGACAUGAUCAUAAUGAAAACAAUUGUGUUAUUUAUUAUUUAAACAUAUCAAUUGCUGCAAACCAAAGGGCGUAUUUAUAAGUAUGUUUUAUUGUGUUUCAUCCGAUUCAUUUCAUUUGUAAUAUUUAUCUUUUGGGUGGUCAUCAAGCAACUCUGUCAAGGCAGUAUUUUCAGGAAAUGCAAAUUCCUUAAAAGGAUGCUUAUUAACUCAUUAUGCAAAACUGUAUGCAUAUCCUUUGUUGAACUGAUUAUGCAAUGCUACCAUUAUUUUGUUCAGUCACAAAGAUGUUGUCUAAAGAUUUUGAACUUGUAGUGAGAAAGAGGACAGGAAUUAAUUUCCAGUGUGUAACCUCUGCCACUGUUUUUAGACUCAAACAAUCUGUUAUGCAUUGUUCAGAAAUGGAAUGUUUAAAUAAUUAGGGAAACAAGUGGAAUGUUUAAAAUUUCUACUAGUCAGGGUAUGUUCUACUUUUUUCAGUUUUAACAGAGCAGCAGUGCUGAAAUUGCAUUCAUCACCUUUGUAAUAUAAAACUUUCAUCAGUAGAUAAUCCAGUUUAUACUAAAGUCCAAUUUCACAUUGGUAGGGACUGGAAUAUAGACAAACAUACACACACACACACACACACACACACACACACACACACACACACACACACACACACACACUAAUGGGUUAUGAUUUUGAGAUGCAGAUCAGUAAUAUCCAAUUUCUCCAAACAAUCAACAUAUAAAGUAAAAAAUAUCUCCGUGUGUAGUGAAAGGCAAGAUUAACCAUGUCCAGCAUGCACAUGGCUAUGGCCCUUUCAACUGCUUUUUUAAACUUCAGCCUCAGGGUGGUUUAUUUAUUUUUAAUGAUUCAAGAAUUCACUGAAGAGGAUCUCAACUGCAUACCCAAUUAUAAACUUUUUUGGCAACUUCAUCUCCAAUUUACUUGCUAUUUUUGUCUCUACAGUAUUGGCGUAACCUGUACUUAAUAUUUCUUACACUUGUACUUCUCCUGAGUUUCUCAGGCAGUGAGGUUCAGAAUCUGAAUCCUUUUAUUUCCCCAAAGAUUUCAUUUAUCUCUAUUUGCUUUUGACAACAAGUUGGUCAUCAUCCACCUUCUUUAUAUACAGGGCAGAUUUGUGAUCUUAUUGCCAUAUACUCCCUUAACAGUUCAUUUUAUAGACCUGUCUUACACUACUCAAAUCAACUCUAAAGAACCAUUUAUAUUAACAAAUAUGAUAUGUUUUUCAGUCUAUUCUUCAUAUAUUUCUUGCUAUGAUACCAUGCCAGUCAAAAGUUACUUUAAUGAACUAAAAAUGACUGCAAAAAUGUGUAAAAGUGAGUGAGACUGAAUGUGCAAAAAUGAGAUUUCUGUGUCUUGGAGU